AUGCGCGGCAGGGCCGCCGAGGCUGUUGCCGCCGCGGCGCCCGCGCGCUGCCCCUUGCGCUCGGCUCUGACUCUCGCGUUCCUCCAGCUGCUUGUAGGGGGCGCCGCCGUGACGCUCCAGGGCAACGCUUACCAUGGGCUGCUUGCGGCCAUUAACCCCUCGGUCCCUGAAGAUCAGAAAAUCGUCUCUGGCAUUAAGGAAAUGAUGACUGAGGCAUCCUUUUAUUUAUUCAAUGCAACACAAGGAAGAGUCUAUUUUGGGAGUAUCAAAAUCUUAAUACCUGCAACAUGGAAAACAAACACUUAUGCAAAGCCAAAGCAAGAGCAGUACGUGAAGGCAGAUGUCAUUGUUGCUCCUCCUUACUGGAAACAUGGACAUGAUCCAUAUACUUUACAAUAUGGAAGGUGUGGAGAAAAAGGGAAAUACAUACAUUUCACGCCUGACUUUCUAGUAAACAAUGGUUCAAGUGAAAUCUAUGGAUCAUCUGGCAGACUUUUUGUCCAUGAGUGGGCCCAUCUUCAGUGGGGGGUAUUUGAUGAGUAUGACAGUGAAAAGCCUUUCUACUUAUCAGGACAAAACCAGGUUAAAGCCACAAGGUGUUCAUCUGAACUUACUGGAAUUUAUGUUUGUGAAAAAGAAUCCUGCACCCAAGGCAACUGUGUCAUUGACCAGGGGACUGGACUUUUAAAGGAAGGAUGUGUUUUUAUGCACAACAAGAAUCAAAAUGUGUCAUCUUCCAUAAUGUACAUGCAAAGCUUAUCUUCUGUCUUUGAAUUCUGUGAUGCAAGGAACCAUAAUACCGAAGCUCCCAGUCCUCAGAACCGCAUGUGCAGCUAUAGGAGUACAUGGGAUGUAAUCAGGAACUCUGAUGACUUUCAAUUCCUGCUUCCAUUGCGCAGCAACAGCUUCCCUGCACCUCCCACCUUUUCACUGUUACAGGCAACAGACAGAGUGCUCUGUUUAGUCUUAGAUUUUUCCAUUAGCAUGAAUAAGAACAAUUGGCUCAAUCAGAUGCGUCAGGCAGUGGAAAGUUAUCUACUACAAAUUGUGGAAGAGAAUUCCCAUGUUGGAAUUGUCACUUUCAGUGACGUUGGGGAAGUUAAAUCUCCAAUACAUCAGAUAAUCAGUGCUGAGGUACGGAAGCAGCUUACUUCAGACUUGCCCAUUGCUUCCUCUGGUAAAGAAGCAAAUGUGUGUGCUGGAUUACAGCUGGCCUUGGAGGUAAUUAAAAACUAUAAUGGUGAUGCUUCUGGCUCUGAAAUGAUAUUACUGACCAGUGGAGGCAAGGGUUCACUAAGCAAGUGUGCCUCUGAUAUCUUCAGCACUGGUGUAAUAAUUCAUACUGUUGCCCUGGGGCAAUCUGCCUCCAAAGAACUGGAAAAACUGGGAAGAAUGACAGGAGGCCUUACUUUUUUUGCCAGUGGCAGACCAGACUCCAACAGCCUAAUGGAUGUCUUUAUGGCCAUUGUUGCAGGUCAUGGUGACACUAGCCACCAGCCUGUCCAGAUUGAAAGUGCUGUGGAGCGGGUGAAUGUCAACAGCCAGGUUAGGAGGACGACGACAAUUGACAUCACAGUGGGAAAGGACACGUUCUUUGUAGUAACGUGGCAGACAAAGGAACCUGCUAUUGCUCUGUGUGACCCGAAAGGAAGAAGCUAUACCACUGAAGAUUUUAAGAUCGAUCCCAUUUUGCAUAUUGCUCGUCUACAGAUUCCAGAGAUAGCAGAGGUUGGGGAUUGGUCAUACAGACUCAGUAACACUCACCCUUUCCCUGAUGUUUUCGUAAUGACUGUGACCUCUCGAAAAGCAAAGUCGGAUGUGUCUGCCAUCUUUGUGAGAGCCCACACAAAUAAAGAUGCAAACUUGUACCCCAAUCCUGUGAUUGUGUAUGCACAGGUUAAUCAAGGCUUUUCCCCCAUUCUUGGUGCAAAUGUGGCUGCUGUUAUUGAACCAGAAAGUGGAGACCCAGUUAUCUUGGAACUUUUGGACAAUGGUGCAGGUGCAGAUACUGCAAAAGAUGAUGGAAUAUAUUCUAAAUACUUGUUUUCUUUCACAACAAAUGGAAGAUACAGCUUGAAAGUGCAUGUGCAAAGAGACAACGAGACUGUUGGCCUGCACCCUGUAGCAUUGUGGAGUCAUGCUAUGUACAUUUCUGGCUACAUAACAGAUGGUGAAAUAAAAAUGAAUCCACCAAGACCAGAGCCAAGUGUGAAUGACACAGAAGCCCAUCUGGGAAGAUUCAGCAGGACUGCAUCAGGGGGUUCUUUUGUCAUGUCAGGAGUUCCAGAUGUCCCCACAGAUGUCUUCCCACCCUGCCAAAUCACUGACCUGGAGGUGCAGCUCAAUGACGACGAUCAGUUCCUUCUAUCAUGGACAGCCCCUGGGAAUGACUACGAUCUAGGACAGGUGGAAAGAUAUGAAAUAAAAAUGAGUGAAAAUCCCUUGCAGUUAAGAGAUGCUACUUUUCCUGAUGCCAUCUCUGUGAGCACUUCUGGACUGAUACCUGCAGAUGCGGGGGUGAAGCAAUCCUUUCAGUAUAAGCCGGAAAACUUCGGAAAGGAAAAUGGCACCUCGAUCUACUUUGCCAUCCGAGCCAUUGAUAACAGCAGCAAUGCUGGUGAAGUAUCUAACAUAGCAAAGGCAGUGGUGCUUCUUUCAUUAGCCCCUAAUGAAGAAAGCAGCAAUCAUGUGUUAAACACAGUUACCUUAAUUGUGAUCAUCGCAUGUAUUGCUGCAGUUAUCAUUUGUGCUAUUAUAACAAUUUGUGUUGUACAGAAGCGAAGAAAUGUACGUCCUCGAACAGGAAUGUAA